AUGUCUUCGACUUCGUACUAUGCCUAUACGCCAAGUUUGAUUCUGGCGGUGGUUGGAGUGGGUAUAUAUUGCGCCCUCUUUGCAAGCCAUGCUCUCCGUGUAUGGCGCUUUAACGCAUGGGAUGGUAGUUAUAUGUUGAUGGGAGCCCUGGUUCAAGCGAUAGGACUAGGGGCACGAGUGUAUUCCUCAGAAGAUACCGAUAGAUUUGGAGCCUAUGGCGUUCAAAAUCUGUUUCUUCUCCUCGGGCCCACCCUAUGCAUGGUGACCGUCAAUCUUACUCAAGAAAAUGAUGCGCUGUUUGAGGUCCGAAAACAUUGGUCUUCUGCUCAAUUUCGACUCCCUAUCUACUUCACUACCAACCUCCUCCUCCUUCUACUUCUAGGCAUCGGCGCUAUGAUCAUUGCUCUAACUCACAAACCCGCGCUCAUUGGAUCUGCAAUGAAGAUCCUCACGGCGAGCUAUGUAUGCCAGAUGAUAUUUUGGAUGUUCACUUUGGCGGAGAAUAUCCUCUGGGGUUUCCGAUUUGGACGAUCCUCGUUCGCCAACGCCCAAAUGAUGAUGCCUCACUGGAAACGUUAUAAUCAGUUGUUUGGCCUUGCGAUCUCAAUUGUUGCUAUGGGCCGCAACAUGACGCGAUUGACACAGAUGGGCAUGGUCAACGAGUGGACUAGUUAUGCAUUUGACUUUUAUUAG